CAGUUGCUAAAUUCCCCUUUCCAGUUUCCACCGAGUCUUAUUCUACUCUCCAUCUCUUGUACCUCACCAACCCUCUCCGCACUGCGUAUGACUGUAGCUUUAUUUUUGAUUUGAGCAUUUGGUGGGGACGCGUAUACACAUCUUCCUUGUUGAUGCAGAUUCAAUUAGGUUAGAGCUGAAUCGGGGAUGGUUCAGAAGAAAAAACCCCCCGCGCCUCCUUCUUCUUUGGAAGCUUUCACCUUCAAUGACAGCAGGUUUACUGGACCAUCCGAUUUAGCUGCUAUCAAGCUCGAAUGCGACAAGGCAUUGACGUCAUUCCGGCGUGGGAGCUACAACAAGGCGAUUCGGCUCAUGAAGGAAUCAUGCUCUCGCCACCAACACUCUGCCCUAAUCCACCGUGUUCAGGGAACUCUGUGCGUCAAAGUUGCUUCCGUCUACGAGGAUCAAGCUACGAAGCAGAGGUAUCUCCGUAGUGCGAUUCAAUAUGAUAAAAAAGAUGUGGAGCUCUCACCAACCUCUAUUGAGUUCGGCCAUUUUUAUGCUAACCUGCUUUACGACGCUGCUAACGAUGCUAGAGAGUACGAGGAGGUUGUCCAAGAGUGUCAUCGAGCUCUCUGCAUUGAGAAUCCAAUCGAUCCUGCUAAAGACACUCUUCAGGUUGAGGCUCGGCACAAGAUAUUGACACCUGAGGCUCGUAUUGCUAAUGUACAGGAGGAGCUCAGGUCUCUGAUACAGAAAUCUAAUCUUGGUUCAUUGUCUGCUUGGGUGAAACACCUGGGAAAUGGUGAAGAGAAACUUCGGUUUUUCCCCUUUAGGAGGGUGGCCGACGACCCUAUUGAGACUAACUUGAUUGAGACCAGGAGGCUGAACGAGAUUAAGAAAGCUACCAAGACUCUUGAAGAGAGGAGGAAGGAGAUUGAAGUCAGGGUGGCUGCUGCUAGGUUGUUGCAGCACAAGUCAGAAUCUUCCUCGUCAGAUAAUGUUAACAACAAAGGAUCAGAUUCAACAAUAGGCUCGGGUCAGAGAAGCGGGGAAAGCAUGGAACGCAAGGAAAACGGCUCCACAGAAGAGAGAAGGGAUAUGAUUAGGUCCUAUUGGGAGUCUACAAGCAAAGCAGCGAAGAAAGAUUUGCUUAGAGUCAAGGUUAGUGAUCUUAAGAGUCACUUUAGUGCAUCAAAGGAUGGCACUGCAAAUGAUAUAAUAAGUGAAGCUUUGUCCUUUUGUGAGGCUAAUAAAGCCUGGAGGUUCUGGGUUUGCUACCAGUGUAGUGAGAAGUUCAUGGAUUCUGAGGCUCAUAUGCAGUAUAUUGUACAUGAGCACAUUGGUAUCGUGUUACCUAAGAUGCAAAUGGUUUUGCCUGAAAGUCUCAACACUGAAAGGAUUGAAAUGCUUCUUAGUUCCCCAUGGAAGCCAUUGGAUCUCCCUGCUGAAGUAAAAAUUCUUUGCAGCCAGCAAACAAUCCAAAAUACUGAAUUUAGCAAGUUUCACUCUGGAGAUUAUAUGGGAGAUGGUGACGGCUACUUCCAAGAUGCAUGGAAUGACACUUCACCAGAGAAAAAAAAUCUUGGAGAUGCUUGCAACCGUUGUGAUGAGAAUGAGCCUGAAGAGGAUGAGGUGUCAAAUACUUUUCAUCUUCCUGAUAAAUGGCCGAUAUCUGAUGAUCCUGAACGUAAAAAAAUCCUCGCAAAAAUCCGUGUAGCCUUUGAGCUACUUAUCAGUCACAAUUAUUUAGCUGCCAGCCAUUACGAUUAGGUGAUACAAUUUACUGUGGAUGAACUUCAAAAUCUACCCUCGGGUUCACAGUUCUUAAAUCGUGGUUUGGGUCAGUCACCUACAUGCAUUCGUUUCUUGGAAGCUACCCAGCUCAGCAAAAUUCUUAAGUUCCUGCAAGACUUGUCACAGACUUUUGGGUUGAGUCGUUAUUCGGAACAGAGUAACCCCAAAGAUGAAGUUAAUUUUGGCGACCUGGGUAUUGAAGUUACAGAGGAGGUUCGUCUUGAUGGUGAAGAUUCAUGUCUUCUUCUGGAUGAAAAAUUUCUUGGCACUGAGUGCAUCCAAGAAAAGUAUAUGGGCUCAGCAUUGAACAAUGGAGCUAUAGCAAGUUCUGGGGAUAUAACCAAUGGCAAUAAUGUGUCUUCUGUUGCGGACAAAUUUCUUUCAUGGAUCUUCGAAGGACCCUCUAGCGAGGAACAAAUUGUGUCGUGGAUGCACACAAAGGAAGAGAAGACAAAUAAAGGAGUGAAGAUCAUGGAGAUUCUUGAGAAGGAGUUAUGUCACUUGCAGAAACUCUUCGAGAAAAAACGGGAGCACUUAAGCUACGAGGGAGCACUGCAGACUGUUGAGGACCUUUGUCUUGAAGAAGGCCAGAAGAGAGAGACUUCAGCUGAGUUUACCCAUGAAAGCUAUGAAUCUGUGCUGAGAAGACGAAGAGAAGAACUGAAUGAGAGUAGCAUGGAUUUUUUAAUGAGUAGUAGGGUUGAGUCAGAGGCUAUAGCAAAUGUUUUGAAAGACUCUGACUCUCUUAACCACAAUCAAUUUGGAUAUGAAGAAUCAUAUGCCUGCACGGGUUCUCAGCAUCUGGAAUCUUGGGAAGCUUAUGAAUGGGGAAUGAAAGAUUCCUCAAGGGAGGCUGACAGUUUUAUAGAGAUUGCCAUCCAGAAACAAAAGGAGCAGUUGUCGGCAGAUCUUAACAGAAUCGAUGCGCAAAUGAUGCGCAGUGUUACUGGGGUGCAGCAAUCAGAGAUAAAACUUGGACCUGUCUCCUACAAUGAUUAUCAGAUAGUACUGUUACCGUUGGUGAAGUCCUACAUGCGGGCACAUUUGGAGUUAUUGGCCGAUAAAUAUGCCACUGAGAAGGCCGAUGCUGCAAGCGAAGCAUUUCUCGUUGAGCUUGCUCUUGAUUCUAAGAAGGAGGCCCGAGGAAGAAAUGAGAAAUCGAAACACACACAGGAACAGUCUAAGGAUAAGAAAAAGAAUAAAGACACGAAAAAACUUAAGGCUUCUAUUGGGAACGACUAUCGCUUCAACGAUUUAUUUGAACACAGCCUCGCUCCGCUUGCAUCUUCUGGUGAUCCCUCCGAGGCUGACGUUGUUCCUGAAGCUUUAAAAGAAGAGGAAGAGCAAUACAGACGCCGAAUAGAGCUAGAUCUGGAGGAGAGAAAGCUUGAAGAAACUCUAGAGUAUCAAAUAAAAUUUGAGAAUGAAGCUAAGGAGAAGCAUAUUGCAGAACUACAAAAGAAAUGCAGCUCGUUAGUUCCAAUGAAUAUUGCCGAGGCAGUGUAUGAUGUUUGCAGAGAUAAUGCCGUUGAUGAUUUAGAGUUACAAGAACAAGAAAAAUAUAUAAAUGAACUACCUCAUGACUUCGAUGGGAGCCGAGUGAAUGCAAAUGGUGUUUUUUCGUCAACAAAUCAUUGUGCGAUAUCUGAUGCUGCAGUGGUUCAGGAUGUAAAUCCCCAAAAGGUUACCACUGUGACUAAUGGCGUAGCUAUUCAGGCUGGUGUUUUCCAAUCUGAUCAACGCACUGGGACAAGGAGUAGACGGCAGAAAGCUUCUAACAAUUUAGUUAGACCGUCUGAGAACAUAAAUAGUGAAUAUAGGUCAGACACCGACAAGGAGAGACAAUCUGAAACUUUACUCAGCAACGGUCAUGUGGGAACAAAGACACUAAGACAACUACAAGCUGAAGAGGAUGAAGAAGAAAAGUUUCAAUCUAACCUUAAAAAGGCAGUGCGUCAAAGCCUUGAUGCGUACCAAGGAGGUAGAGAUACGACGGCAUGUCCGAGGACAACUUUGGAAGUAAACAUUGAUGGGGUUUCUGAUGUCACAAAGGAGUUAUUUGGCACAGGCCUUCAGAAUGAAGUUGGGGACUACAAUUGCUUUUUCAACGUUAUCAUACAGUCUCUAUGGAAUCUGGGGAUGUUUCGGGCUGAUUUUUUGCGGAGUUCAACACUAGAGCACCAUCACGUGGGGGAUCCUUGUGUUGUCUGCUCCUUGUACAAAAUUUUUGAUGCUUUAAGCGCUGCUUCGAGGGAGGUACGAAAAGAACCUGCGACUCCUUCAUCUCUCAGGAUUGCAUAGAACUUGUAUCCAGAUAGCAAUUUUUUCCAAGAGGCGUCUUAUGGUGGACAUGCUCAGAUGAAUGGCUCAGAAGUAUUGGGUGUGAUUUUCGACUGCCUACAUCGCUCAUUUGCUCAAAGCUCUAGCGUGUCUGACACAGAAUCUUCGGAGAGCAAUUGUAAUGGUUCAUGGGACUGUGCCAACGGCACAUGCAUAGCCCAUUAUCUGUUUGGAAUGUAUAUUUCUGAGCAGCUGAAUUGCUUCAGCUGUGGGCUGGAGUCCAGGCAUAUGAAGUACACUUCCUUUUUCCAUAACAUCAAUGCUAGUUCCCUACGUACCAUGAAGGUCACAUGCUCUGAGAAUUCAUUUGACGAACUUUUAAAUCUUGUCGAGAUGAACCACCAACUAGCCUGUGAUCCUGAAGCUGGUGGGUGUGGAAAACCUAACCAUAUCCACCAUAUUCUCACCACUCCACCACAUGUUUCUACUACAUUUUUAGGGUGGCAAAACACAUGUGAGAGUGUAGAAGACAUAGCAGUGACGCUUGCAGCCUUAGGUACUGAGAUAGA